GGACAUACUGAGCAUUUGACGUGUCUAAUUUGGCUUCCCAAGGUUACUGCUAGCUUUUACCACGCGAGGCAGCGUAAUCACUUUCGAGUCAUCUCUCAGUUAUAUAUCUCGUGAGUUCUUUCAGUGUUCGAAAUUUUUGACAUUCAUUCAUCAUGAAUACGGAUGUCAUAUGUCUUUUUGAUGUCGAUGGAACACUGACAAAACCACGAAAUAAAAUAACAGAGGAAAUGCUUCAAUGUUUGCAAAAAGUAUCUACCAAAAUACCCAUCGCUGUGGUUAGCGGUUCUGAUUUUCCUAAAGUUUCUUGGCAGAUUGGAGAUUCUGCUGUAAAUAUGUUCACAUAUAUCUUCUCCGAAAAUGGUUUAGUUGUUCAUAAUUAUGGAAGUCAAACAAGUUGCACAAAUAUCGUUGAAUACGUUGGUGAAGAUAUCCUUCAGAAGUUUAUUAACUUCUGCUUACACUAUCUAUCAAACCUUCAACUUCCGAAGAAAAGAGGGAAUUUUAUUGAAUUUAGGAAUGGUUUGAUAAAUAUUUGCCCCGUUGGUCGAAGUUGUACACAAUUAGAACGAGAUGAAUUUGCUGAGUAUGAUGCUAAACAUAAAAUUCGAGAGAAAUUUGUCAGUGAAAUGCGUUCACAGUUUCAUAAUUCUCCUUUACAAUUCGCCAUAGGUGGACAAAUUAGUAUUGAUGUCUUCCCGAAAGGUUGGGAUAAACGAUACUGUUUACGAUUUCUCAAGGACUACAGUACAAUACACUUUUUUGGUGACAAAACAGAAGAAGGAGGAAAUGAUUUUGAAAUCUUCAAUGAUCCACUAACAACCGGUCAUUCAGUCACAUCACCAGAGGAUACAGAAGCCCAAUUGAAAGCAUUAUUUCCACAAUGUUUUUAAAUCCUUUUGUGUAUAAAUAGAUAAUUUACUUUACGGUCAGUAUUAAUAAUACUAAUAAUGAUUAAAAAAAACUAAUAAUGUCUUGUUUUAUGAUCUCUAUCGCACUUUAUGUAUACUUGUUUCUUUAGUGUCCGCUUACUUUUGUAUUGUACAUGACUAAUAAUAAUGAAGAUAUUGAUAUAUAUGUAUGUGUGUGUUUUUCCACAUAAACAUCUGUAAUUUCUACUCUUUAUUUCUCUAUUUUGUCUUGUUCGAUGAACGAAGUCAAUCACAAUCUUGUUUAUAUCAUUUGAUGUGAAUAUAUCAUUUACUAUUA